AUGGCGCUCCUAUCUGAUGUCUUUUUCGGUUCAAAAACGAGUUCUGUCUUCUUGUUCUACAUCGCUAUAUCCUUCGCGGCAUACUAUCUCAUCUGGACCGUCUACGCUCGAACCCUCCAUCCACUAGCUAAGGUUCCAGGGCCAUUUUGGCCUUCAGUCUCGCGAACAUGGCUUAUGUGGCACCAUCACAAAGGCGAUAUUGAGAUUGUCGAGCGCGUUCUUCAUAGGAAAUAUGGCCCGAUUAUUCGGAUCGCACCCGAUGAGAUCGUCACAACCGAUACCACGGCCAUUCCGUAUAUCUACCCAGUUCAGAAACCACUCGAGAAAACGGACUGGUAUAAACCGUGGCGGCCACAAGGACUAAACAGCCAACCGGAUCUAUUCACACAGACCAACGAGAAGGCUCACGCAGCGUAUCGGAGGAUUGUUGGAGGCGUAUAUUCACUUUCCAGUAUACUAAAGAAUGAAUCCCGGCUGGACGAGACAUUGGAACUCUUUCUAGAACGAAUGGAUAGCUUCGCUGAUAGCAAAGAAGCAUUCGAUUUUGGAUUUUGGCUCGAAAUGUACUCAUUUGAUAGCGUUGGCGUCGCGUUCUUUGGUCAAGCCUUUGGAUUCCUACGGGACAGCAUCGACUACAAAGGCUACAUCCACUCGGUUCAUCUUGCGAUGCCUUUCCUUACUCUCUUGACAGUGACUCCGUACUACAUGCGGCCAUUCCUGCUUCUGAUCGCUGUUUGUAUUCCGCGCUUACUGAAAGCUGUGCUGGCUGUAGAGGAUAUCAAGAAGACUGCAAUCAUAGAGACGAAGAUAGCCACCGAGAGAACACUGGAAGUGACUGAAAAGAGACCUGAUCUACUGUCUCAGUUGCUAGCAAUUGUGCAGGAAAAGGGAGAAAAGGUGAACUACUCACACAGAGAAAUUACGUCAGAUAUGUGGGUUGCAAUUAUGGCCGGAGCGGACAGUACAUCCAUCUCUAUGCGCUCCGUUUUCUACUUCCUAAUGAAGCACCCAGAGAAGCUCGAAAAAGCGCGUGCGGAAGUCGAUGCAGCCUUCGAGAAUGGCACACUAUCGUCCCCAGUUCAAUAUGGUCAACUCGCUUCACUUCCCUAUCUAGUAGCCACAGUCAAAGAAGCAUUACGAUUGUUCUCUGCCUUCGCAGUCUCGAUGCCUCGGUAUGCUCCUAGCCAGGGGAUCACACUUUGCGGGAAGCACAUUCCUGCAGGCUAUACCGUUGGAAUGAAUCCAGCUAUCGUUUCGCAUGACCCCAAUGUAUUUGGGGAAGAUGCACAUGAAUUUGUUCCCGAGCGAUGGCUACAGAGCGAAGACCGCACGAGGGUGAUGGAUAAGAGAAUCCUGAUCAGAGUUGCUAACAAUCAAUCCAAACUGAUGAGACUGACUGACUGA